GAGUUCAGUCGCUUUGCGCCGGCGCCUGAGUUCGACGCUUUAAAUAAAAGAUUCAAAAUGGCGGCCAGGCCCAUCCUCACUACAAGUCUCUCGACUUUCUCAAGACGCGCAUAUAGCUCGAAAGCUGACAAAAAUGUGGCGUUUCUCGGCCUCGGGAAUAUGGGGGGCUAUAUGGCUGCCAACCUGGUCAAAAAGGGCUUCAACGUAACAGGCUACGACCCAUCAAAGGAUACCCUAACAGCCGCAGAAAAGACCGGCGUUAAAGGUGCCAGCUCAAUCGCGGCGGCUGUCGAGAGCGCGGACGCUGUCGUCUCCAUCUUACCUAGCAAUAAAGUUGUAUUGGAUGCUUACCUUGGCAAGGAUGGUGUUGUUAAACAUGCUCAAAAAGGCGCUCUGCUUAUCGACUCAAGCACAGUAGACCCGAACGUGCCCAAAGAGAUCUUUCCUGUCGCCAUCGAAAAUGGCGUCGGCUUCAUUGAUGCCCCAGUCUCAGGAGGUGUGAUGGGUGCCCAAAACGCCACCCUGGCCUUCAUGUCCGGUGGUCGGAAGGGUGACUUCGACCGUUCCCUGCCCCUCCUCCAAGCCAUGGGUGCUAAGCAGUUCCACUGUGGAGACGUCGGCGCUGGCCAGGUGGCCAAGCUGGCUAAUAACAUGCUCAUGGGUAUUACUGGCAUGGCUACUGCUGAGUGCAUGAACAUGGGUAUCAAAAUGGGCCUAGACCCCAAAGUCCUGUUGGAUGUCCUAAACAACUCCUCGGCGCGAUCAUGGUCCACUGAAGUGUACUGCCCCGUUCCUGGCCUAGUGCCCACCGCUCCGUCCAGCAGAAACUAUGAUGGAGGCUUCAAGAACGAGCUUAUGGUUAAGGACUUGGAGCUGGCCAGCGGCAUGGCCCUCGGCAUCAGAUCCCCCAUCCCCCUGGGCGCGGUGGCCACCCAGCUGUACCGCAUCGUGCAGUCCCGCGGCUACGGCCAGAAGGACUUCUCCUACGUAUAUCAGCUGCUCAAGGAGGACAAGAAGUAGAAUAAACUGAUUUAGUUCUCA